UGUCAAUAAAGUUUUUAUAAAUUGAAGCAUCAUGGCAGCCUACAUGUUUCCCACAGUUGUGCGAAGCUCGUUGUUAUUGGAACAAUUUAGACAUUUUACAUCAUUAAGAAUAACCUGUCGUCAGGUCUUCAGGAACACUGUUAAAGGUUACACUCGUUCUUCAUCCACGUCAUCCUCAAAGAUAUCCAGGGUUGAUUCUGGUAACACUGUCACCCAAUAUGACCACCUGGUUAAAUGUGGCUCUAUUAGAGAAGAUGCUCUUCAGAGGAGUGUUCUCCAGCAGUUGGCUCGCCUACAGAAGACACUCCAAAACUAUAGUAAUACUUCUUACUUGAGUCUGCCUUCCCUGACAGUGAACCCGAACUAUGAUGGACUUUCAAAAAGGACAGACUCUUGCAUUACAGUUAGUGCAUCUGCUCAGAAGGAAGAAGAUGCUCUCCCUCCCCCACCGAAAGGCUUCUAUAUAUAUGGAGAUGUUGGCACAGGGAAAACCAUGCUCAUGGAUAUGUUUUACAGCGGGGUGCAAAACAGCCAUAAAAAGAGGGUCCACUUCAACGGCUUCAUGCUGGACAUCCACAAAAGGAUCCAUCGGAGGAAACAAAGCCUGCCAAAAAGAAAGCUGGGUAACAUGUUCACCUACGACCCCAUAUCGCCGGUUGCCGUGGAGAUCGCCCGUGAAACCUGCCUCUUGUGUUUUGAUGAGUUUCAGGUGACGGACAUUGCUGAUGCCGUGAUUCUGAAGCAGCUUUUCCGGACGUUAUUCAAGGCCGGAGUGGUGGUAGUGGCGACCUCCAACAGACCGCCUGAUGAUCUGUACAAAAACGGACUUCAGAGGGACACCUUUCUACCUUUCAUCGACGUGCUGAAGGAAUACUGCCACACCAUCUGCCUUGACUCUGGUGUGGACUACAGGAGACUGCAAAAGACUGGAGCAGGGAAACUCUACUUCCUGACAGGAGAGCCUGGCGGGGACGCUGUCUUGGAUGCGAUGUUUGAUGAGCUCGCUUUUACUCAAAACAGCAUUGUAGGUCCUCAAGUACUCACUGUGCUGGGCAGGGAAGUGACACUGGAAAAGACCUGCGGCUCUGUUGCAGACUGCACUUUUCACGAGCUGUGUGGCAGAGCCCUUGGCGCCGGCGACUACCUGGAGAUGGCGCGGCUCUUCGACACAGUGUUUAUCCGUCACGUUCCAGUGCUGACACGACGCAUGAAGGACCAAGUCAGGCGCUUCACCACCCUUGUCGAUAACUUCUACGACAGCAAGGUAAGAGUAGUGCUACAGGCUGCAGCUCCAUUAGACCAGCUGUUUGUCCACACCGGAGUAGAUGAUGAGCGUGACCAACAGCUUCUGGAUGACUUGGGCCUGAAGGAGGAGGUGGGGAAGAAUCUGACUCUUUUCACAGCUGAGGAGGAGAUCUUUGCCUUCAACAGGACUAUUUCCAGGCUAACGGAGAUGCAGACAGAAGCAUAUUGGAUAGAGGGAGAUCGCAGGAUUACGAAGAAACACUUCAAUGCAUAAGCACUACUUGAUAUGUAUAUUUUAUAUAGUAACGCGGGUAACAGGUACAUCCAUACUGAGCAACCCAGAUGACCAACUGACUGUACAUCUCACACUCGACAACAAGAAUCAGGAGUCUUCUCAAACAGACCAAGUGCCUUUUUUGGAUGCUUCUAGAAAUGUUGAAAUUGAGACUUAUCAAUAUGGAUGUGCACCACUUAACACAACUUGACACCUCUUUUCCCUUGAGAUGAAUUUUGUUGUGAAUUUGCUGUAUGAAUAUAAAUGUGACUUGACAUCUUUACUGCUAAUAAGACGAUCUAUAGUUUGAGGCAUUUACUUUUUAAGCUUUUGACCAAAGGAAGAUUACUGUCG